CAUUUGAGCUCCAUUGAGCUCGGAUAAAUUGGUGAGGCUCUCAACAAAUUCCGGCUGCCCCCUCCUCCGAUUGGCGGCGGACACCAUCGACGGCGUCUCCCUCGGCUCACAACAACAGCCGCUCGUCUCCUCUCCAUCUCUGAAAGUCGAGCCUUCGUCCCAAUUUUGAUGAGAACGGAGAUGGGUGUUGAAGGAUUUAGCAGUAGUAAAUGGCCUGGGCUGGUUAGACAACAGAAUUCCAAGAGAGCCAGCUUCCCAGAUAGCAAAAGAUAUGAGGAAGCAAAGCUGGUUCAAUCUGCAGAAGCAGCUUCUGGAAGAAAGUUGAUAUUAUUGCAAGAUUGGUGGCUGGUCAAAGCAGGUCCAGAUUCUCAUGGCAAACGAUUAGGCAUUGGAGGCUUCACUUCGAAAGGACAAGGAAUACGAUGUUUCUCCUCUGCACCUAUAUUGAAGAGACAUGAUGCUGUUACUCUUCAGACGGUUGAUGGCAUAACCCUCAUGGUCCAUGGAUAUCUCAAUAGGUCUCGCACACUUGAAAAUGGUUUCUCUCGUGAGGUUUGUGAUGAUUUUCUGAUUGGGUUUCCUUAUUACUGGGAAGAUUUUGCUGCCAUAUCCGAUAGCGAAGAGGCCGUCUAUUCAAAAGGGGCUUCACCCUCCGAUGCAUUCAAGACUCCGGCCCAAGAAGACCUUGGAAGGAAUUUGAUGCGUGAAGAAUCAAGAGCGAAGAAGAAAAAAACUUGUGUGCCGAUACAGAGCAUGGAUUCUGCUGGUGGUCCUUUGACAAGAAGUCGAGCUCGACUACUGGUAACUAGGAGAUGAAUGCAAUCUGCAAAGUAAGUGUGGUUAUUAUAUGACUGAAGCAUGUGCUUGCUAAGUCUUCUAAAGGGCAUCUCACCUUCACCAUCUGUAACCAUUUCCAUAUUUUCUUAGCCUUGAGAUCAAUGGGGUUUCUUAUGAGGACUUCAAUUGUGGGAAGAGAGAUCAUCCAUUUUUUGGGAGUGUUGUUCCUCUCUCGUCGAUGAAGCCCUUCAAAACUGUUGUACAACUGAAAUCCUUUUAGUUUCCCUGCUGAUGAUGGUCGUUGCUGUAAUGUAUUGCCAAAAUAUUAUUGUUAUUGUUAUUAUUAGGUUUUUUGUUGAAGUCA